GGUAAAGGUUUUCAGGUUGUAUGUGAAACACACAUCAGUCAGUAAUUCAGUGGGAACUCGACUAUUAGUUGUGCGAAAUUUUCGCGCUCAUGUUUGUGUUCAGUGUUUUAUUUUCGGCGAUUUUAUUAGCACAUUUUGGAAGUCCUUUACAGUGUUACAAGUGCAGCGGAUCUUCGAGAAAUGCCGAUAAGGCCGAUAAGGCGUGCGUUUAUGGAUACUCCAACGUGGAGAAGAUGGAGUGUCCGUAUGACCAUGUGUGUUCUACUUAUCAGUACGAAAUAUCAAUCCAUGGCCUGAUCCGCUCCAGCGUGACCACCCGGGGCUGCGAGCCCUUCAACAACGUGGAGAACUGCGACGUCCUCCUGGACAACCUCCGCUCCCUGGUGUACCCCGCCCGCGUCCGGGAGAUAAACUGCUACUCGUGCUCCUCCGACCUGUGCAACUCCUCGUCAAACAUCUGAGUAAUUUUCCUUUCGACGAAGGUUAGGUGCCGAGUUUACGAGUUGCGCGAAACCGCACAUUUAUUUAUUAAAAAUUGUAAAGAAAAUAAAUGAAUAAGAAUUUAUUGUGGCUAAAUAUUUGUAAACAAAUAAAUGCCUAAGCGAUACAUAAGUGUUUGGCUACCACUGCCGUAAUCAGUUUAAGGUUAGUAGGGUAUGCAUACGCGCACAGUUUGUUUUUGUUUUUUAAUGGAUUCUGGUAAUUAGUGAGAGACAUCUCGCGCGCUCGGAGAUUUUUUUUCGUACAGUGAAGAUGAAGAUGAAGACGGUUUUGCUCGUUUUUGGACUUUUCGAUCUGGGCUCCUGCAUCCGCUGCUACGUGUGCACUUCGGAGGCCUCCAGCAACCAAUACGAAUACGACGCGUGUCUCUACGGGGACGAGCGCUACCUCCAGGCCGUUGCGUGCCCCGAGCCCUCCGUAUGCACCGCCUACCACUACCAAACCCUUAUUCCGGGGUCUCUCAACCAGCUGAGCACCAGCCGCGGGUGCCAGGCCCUGCGUUAUGGGGCCACUUGCGAGGACAUCUUCAACGACCUGAGACGGACAGGGUCGGUCUUGCCCGGCCAGCACAUUUGCGCCACCUGCAGUGAGGAUCUAUGCAACAAAGCGAUGGGGCUUUCCCCCGGCUUGUGUUUAAUGCUUGUGGUGAUUUUUUUACUGUAGAUAAAAUAAUAAAUUUAUUAAUUUAACCGAGUUUGGCUUGUUUGGUGUUCUUGAAUUUGGGUAAAUAUUUUGAGUGUAUAAAUAAUUUCGUAAGUGAUAAGCGUGAGUGCAAAUUUGCCUCAUUGUGAGGCCUGAGGGCGUGAAGAAUGGCGCUGAGAGUGAUUUGUGCGAUUUUGGGCUUUUUUCUGGUGAAUAACCUCGAUUCGGUGACGACUUUGCAAUGCUACUCGUGCACAGCAUCACUAGGGAGCAAUUUUAGAUGCGAGAACUUGUCCUACAGCGGGGGUAGUUUACCCUACUACACCUGCAUGUAUGGCGAUGCAGUGUGUGCCAAAUACAUAAUCGAAUAUGGUGAUUCUUUGAUGAUCCACCGAAGUUGUCAACACCGCGACAUUUGUGCCGUUCUAGCCUCGAAAUACAACAAUUAUUACAGCAAAUUGCUCGAUUGUCAAACUUGUUCGGACCACGACUGGUGCAAUGGCGCCAACAUUGUUAAAUUUUUCCCCGUUUUAGGAAUUUUCUUACUCAUUAUUAAUAAACUAAUUAGCUAAUUAUUGUAAACAAAAUUGCGUAAUAAAUUUUCCCCAACCUUGGCCGCCAUUUUGCAAACAAGCCCGAUUUUAUAAAACCUUAACCCGUCCCAAACCACACUCCAGUCUGACUUUAAAAUGUCUCUGAAAAUUUGCAUCCUAGUGACUUUGCUUCUCGCCCAUUACGGGGAUUCCCUGAAAUGCUACACGUGUGAAACCCAGGAUUUAAACUCGCCCUGCGAGGACUUGUCCCGAGGGAAGGACAAAAUCAAAACGCAUGAUUGUUCCGAAGGCGAAGUUUGUGCAGUUUACAAAACCAAAAAUCCCUCAACUGGAAUCAUCACAGUGAAAAGGUCGUGCGAACCGAAAGACAUUUGUGAGGAAUUGUAUGAACAAAAUUCCGAUUUUAAAAAGUUGGAGAAAUGUAAAAUUUGUAAAACAGAUCUUUGCGAUUCCGGGACGACUUUGUCCAUCUCUGCGAUAACGUUCAUCCUGGCGUUGAUGAUCGGUGCUUUUAUUAAUUAACAAAUUCAGGUGCAAUAAUUUUAUUAAUUAACUAAUUUAAUUACAAUAAACGUGAUUACACUUAAAA